AUGGACGACUAUACGAUCCUUCCAAGUCCCGACGAAGCUCCGUUUGACCACAGUGACGACGAGUACUUCACCGGACGACGACGGAAACCACGCAAAGCGCCACGUACCAGCCGAGCCGUGACUUCUUCCGAAUCGAUGAAUCAGAUUGCCGACUUUGAUUUCAGGUUGAGCGUUGUGAUUGAGAACGUGGCUGUAAUAGGUUUACUGUUUUUAUUUUGACUCUGUUGCACAUUAAUCUAUAAAUACAUAUGCUCGAUUUUAAUUUCAGUUCUGACGCGCCAUCUCCAAGGCUGGACGCCUCGGAAGCAAUGAGUGCUCCGCCGGACCCGGAUAUUAAAGUAACCACGUUUUCCUCGAUAACUUAAAUUUUAUACACUUCAGCGCUACUGGGACAAUAGUCUCGACAUCACUGAUCUCAGUGGACAUGACUUUACUAUCUUCAAGCAACUCCAAGGGAUGCUCGGGAUCGAGAACAUUUCCUUUGAGACGCUUUCCCGUUUCAAUGUUCGUGUUCAUACCGACACCUACGGUCAACCGGCGAUUCUGUUCCCACGCUACCGUGGAAUGACUUCUCGCCUUCGCAUCCCGAUGGGUUUGAAACUCAUCCGUAAAGUCGGGGAUAGAAUGGAAAAGGAGAAUUAUCCGCUGCCCGAUGAAACUUCGUAAAUUGAAUUUGAAAAAUGUCAGUUUCAUAAAAAAUUCUUCUUUCAGCGUCCGUCAAAAGUUCAGCGGAGUAUUCGGACUUCAUAUGGCCACUCUGUCUGACCGUAGCGUUGUGAUCACGACCAACGAACGUGAUGCUCUGGCCGUAUAUGAAGCCACCAAAGCUCUGGUCUUUGCUCUUCCGCACGGAGAAAUCUUGGAUCCUCUGGUCCUUCCGUACUUGGAAGAGUUCGACAAGAUUUACUUGUGGUUCCCAGUUCAACAUGUGAGCUACGCCAAAGAUUGGGGAAGCGCUUUGAACACUUUGAAGUGUCUUCUUGUCAAGUAAGUUCGCAAAUUUAUUUUCUCUUUCACGUUUUCAUUCAGGAACGAAGAACGACCAAUUGAGUUGGUUCGUAACGGAGAUCACCGUCUCAUUCGUAACUCGCUUUCCAACUCGGUAAAAAAGAAUUGCUUCCGGCAAUAUGUUCAUCUUUGGCUUGCAGGUUGUUCGUAUGCGAGAGCGUGGUUUCCGCUCGAUGACGGACUUGGACAUGCGUGAAGGCAUCCGUUCCGACCUUCUCAACUCUACAAACCGGAUUGUCGGGUUCGGACAGGUACAUUUUCAGAAUUGACGGAAAUGGAAAGGAUUUUUUUCAGUGGAAGAGAUUCGCCGUGCUGAACAAGUACCUUGGAGGUCUUCGCCCUGGAGAAAUGACCGUUUUGACUGGAGGAACUGGAAACGGAAAGACGACUUUCUUGUGCGAAUACUCACUUGAUCUCUUUACUCAAGGGGUAUUCCCAAAUUACUUAUAAAGUGUUUCAUCGGGAUUUCAGAUCCGCACGUUGUUCUGUAGUUUUGAAAUGCCCGAGAAAAAGAUACUUCAUUGGAUGCUCGUUCAAUUUGCCGGGUAGGUUAUCAGUGUGCUUCGUGUUCCCCUUCCCAUGCUUGCGAUUUUACUAACAUUUGUUUUUGUCUGCAGUCCAUCACAUCUUCGAAGCCUCGCGCGCACAAAUUCGUAUAAAAACGGCAUCAAGUAAGACUAAUAGCACUAGAAUAGCGUUAGUUGUGUGAUCGAUCCGGCUCGUUUUGUACUUUUGCACCGCCUUGGCCUUCAGUUUAGUUUUCUCACCCACCACUCUCCCAUAAAUUGGGCGAACAAUUUAUGAUCCAUCGAAUAGAAGGGUCAUAAAUGCGAACGCUUUUAUCGGUUUCGUUGUGCGCGAGGCAGUUGUGCAUUGAGAGUGUCUUGCACGGUAGUUUGUCUGAGAUGAAGAUGGAGAUCCGGAAAUGGGUAUGUGUCGAGAAGGAUGUCUGGCAUGAGCUCGCUGCACCGCUGAUUGUUCGCCAGACUUCCGGAACACGUGCGGCUCGGGUAAACCGACUGAACUCAGGCUUCCUCUCCAUCGUGUCGAGUACAGCAACUCGAUCAACUCAUGGCUGGACAGAUUCGAGAGAUCGAGCACAGCGCUGACGAUGCUCGAUUCGGAAGAGUUCAUGGAAAAGUCAAUCAACGAGAUUGCUAGAGUAAUUCGGCUCCGAACAUUAUAUCGUUAAUAAUCUGGAAAUAUUGUCAGGCAAUUCGUAUUCAUGUGGAGAACAGUGGAAUCCAGCACGUUGUCAUUGACAAUCUCCAGUUCCUGAUCAACCAAGGAAUGAUGGCCGAUGAGAAAUCUAGCGGUCUGGACAGAUUCCAUCUUCAGGUUAAUGAAAACGUUCCACGUCAGUAGUUCAUCUAACACUUUAGGAUCGUUUUGUCGGAUACAUGCGUCAACUGGCCACCCAAAACCAGAUUCACAUCACAAUGGUUGUUCAUCCGCGAAAAACCGAUGGGGACACCGAAAUUGACGUCCAACACUUUGGAGGAUCUGCGAGAGUGACUCAGGAAGCGGACAACGUGCUCGCUAUUCAAAGAAAACGCGACGAUCGUGACCGCUCGAAGUUCAGAAAGUUCCUCUAUGUACGAUAUACUUGAUAAUUACUUGAUAAUUCAACUUUUUCAGAUUUUGAAAAACCGCUACUAUGGGCGACGAGUGGAAAGCGAUCAACUGGAGAUGGUGUUCAAUCCAUCCACUUACUCGCACACUGUCGUAGAAUUUCCAAAAUAA